UAAAUAAGACACGUUCUUUGUCCAUUUUGUCCUCCCUUAUCUCCUAUUCCUAUUUAUAGAUCUACAAAAUAAUCAAAAACUUUUAACAUAUUUUAUAACUCUCUUCUUACCAAAAAUAAAAUAAAAAAUGGCAAACUAUGAUCGAGCAAAAGAUCUCAAGGCCUUCGAUGACACAAAGGCUGGUGUAAAAGGACUAGUCGAUUCAGGAAUAGUUCAUAUUCCCGAGAUCUUUGUCACACCGACCUUAAUAGAAAAUGAGUUCAGUGCUGAGAAUCUUGAUUCAGAUUCAAACAUAGUUAACGUUCAGAUCCCAGUUAUAGAUCUGAAGGGUAUGAAUGAAGACGAUUUUCGACGUACGAGAAUUGUUGAAGAGGUAGGUGAGGCAUGUAAGAGUUGGGGAUUUUUUCAAGUUGUGAAUCAUGGUGUGCCACAACAUGUUAUGGAUGAGAUGAUUAGUGGAGUUAAAAAAUUUAAUGAACAAUCAAGUGAGAAAAAGAUGGAGUUUUAUUCAAGGGAUAAUUUGAAGAAAGUGAAAUUUAAUAGUAAUUUUGAUCUUUAUUCAUCUAAAGCUACUAAUUGGAGGGAUAGUUUAGCUUGUGUUAUGGCUCCUAAUCCACCUACUAAUGAUGAAUUACCACAAGCGUGUAGGGAGGAAUUACUUCAAUAUUCUCAACAUGUUAGAAAGUUGGGCCAUACAAUAUUUGAGUUACUAGCAGAGGCACUUGGGCUUAAGCCCAAUCACUUAUUGGGCCUGGACUGUGCAAGGGGCCAUUUCAUUCUCUGUCAUUACUAUCCACCUUGUCCUGAGCCCAAUAAGACUCUUGGAAUCACAAAACAUACUGAUCCAGAUUUCUUCACAAUUCUUCUACAAGAUCAAAUUGGUGGGCUUCAAAUUAAUCACCAAAAUCAAUGGAUUGAUAUUCAUCCUGUUACUGGAGCCCUAGUUAUCAAUCUUGGUGACCUUAUGCAGCUUCUAUCAAAUGACAAGUUCAAAAGUGCUGAGCAUAGAGUAUUGUCAAAACAUAUUGGGCCAAGGAUAUCAAUUGCAUGUUUCUUCACAACUCAAUUUCAGCCAUUUGAUACACUUUAUGGCCCAAUAAAGGAAUUGUUGUCUGAUGAAAAUCAUGCUUUGUACAAAGAAACAACAGUGAGAGAUUAUGUGACUUAUUACAACUCUAGAGGACUUGGGGCUCACCCUGCCCUUCUUCAUUUAAGGCUCGAUCCGUCCAUUUGACACGUCUAGUAUAUGCUCGGAAUAUUUGAUAUGUAUCCACUCCUUCAUGAUUUUGGUUUUCGACUCGUGGAAUUAUCAUGUUUGUAUAUUGUGUUUCACUUCUUGAUCUCCAUUUUCAAAUGAGUAUAUACAAAGAAGUGAGAGAAGGAUUUAUUUAGUCAAAUCUUAUUUGAGACUGA